UGACGAACAGUUUUGGUCACUCACUGUGAAAAAUAUUCAAAGACCAUUUUUAUACUAGACGGGAGAAAAGUAUCGUAUACUACGAUUGUAGUAUUGUAGGAUUCUUUCUAGGAUUUGAGUCCGUAUGGUAUCUCCACAAGCCCUAGCUUGCACAAACAAGGACUAUACAGUGCAGCACCCGACUCGAUGAGCUGUGGACCCCUUCAGAAGUUUUUUAACUCACCCAUUUCGUCAAGUAAUAUUACAGUGACACCCUGCAGCAAGCAUGGGUCCAGAGGGAAAGACACUCUUGAACAUCAUAAUCCUGGGUUUUGGAUUUAUGUUCAUGUUCACUGCUUUCCAAACAUGUGGCAAUAUAGAGCAAACUGUGAUCAAGAGUUUCAACAGUACUGAAUUCCAUGGGAGUGGAUACACAAGCAUGGCCAUCAUCUAUGGAGUUUUCUCUGCAUCCAACCUGAUUGCUCCCUCAGUAGUGGCUGUUAUAGGACCCCAGUUGUCCAUGUUCUUUAGUGGACUAGUAUACAGUGGAUACAUUGCCAUGUUCAUCCACCCCUACACCUGGAGCUUCUACACAGCGUCUGUAGUUGUUGGAAUAGCGGCUGCAAUAUUGUGGACAGCUCAGGGGAACCUACUCACCAUCAACUCUACAGAUGCCACCAUCGGCAGGAACAGUGGUAUUUUCUGGGCCUUGCUACAGUUCAGCUUAUUCUUUGGAAACAUGUAUAUUUAUUUUGCCUGGCAUGGCCAUGUUCACAUAUCAGAUGAGGAUCGCCAGACAGUUUUCAUCUCACUCACGGUCAUCAGCCUGGUGGGCAGCUUUCUGUUCUUCCUGAUCCAGAAGCCGGAUCCUGAGGCCACACCCUCCGAGGCGUCUGAGUCACUGCUGCAGACUGAGUCCACGGAGAGUGCCUCUAUCGUCGUAGCGACUCCAGGUCUCGGUUCCCAGGCUCUGGAUGCUUUCAAGAAAGCGUUGCAGUUGUCUGUCACUAAAGAGAUGCUACUGCUGAGUAUCUCCAUAGCAUACACAGGCCUAGAGUUGACAUUUUACAGUGGGGUAUACGGGACAUGUAUAGGAGCCAUGACUCAAUUUGGGGAGGAUGCUAAGAGUCUGAUCGGGCUCUCUGGUAUUUUCAUUGGCCUGGGAGAGAUCCUGGGAGGAGGUGUGUUUGGGAUGCUGAACAAGUGCAACAGGUUUGGGAGGAACCCGGUCGUGCUGCUGGGGCUGAUCACUCACUUCGUGGCCUUUUACCUGAUCUUCUUGAACAUUGCCAGUGAUGCCCCUAUUGCCCCAGAAGAGGGCACACACCUGCAGGCAUACAUCACCCCCAGUGUUGAGGUGGCUCUGCUGUGCAGCUUCCUGCUGGGCCUGGGGGACAGCUGCUUCAACACCCAACUGCUGAGCAUUGUGGGAUUCAUGUUCCGGGAGGACAGCGCUCCUGCCUUUGCCGUUUUCAAGUUUGUCCAGUCCAUCACUGCAGCCCUGGCCUUCUUCUACAGUAACUAUCUCCUGCUGCACUGGCAGCUGCUCAUCAUGGUUGUGGUGGGCUUCCUGGGCACGCUAUCCUUCCUCGUGGCUGAGUGGGUGGUGGUCUCUAGCCGACGGGACACUGACUAUGACAGCAUAUGACAACCUAGGGGAGGAGGGUGUCACGGUGAGAGGAUCUAUUCACAGCUGGACGGGUCAUCCGGGGAAGAGUUGGUGUAACACCUUCCUAUCAACCUAGCUAUCCUUUGGAAUCCUUCAACUGACCAUUUGACUGGCCCACCUCAGCCCCAAUAAGCAGAGACUGUAGAAAUGCUGUUUUAGCACAGUCAUUCACAGCUCUUUUGAUUUUUGCCUUUCAAGUGGAAGAUACACUUAAAUAGUGUAUAUUUACUUGGAGUGAAUCAGUUGUGCACAGAGGAGCCUUUAUUUUCAUGUUCAAUGUCAUUCACUGUGCUUCUGUCUUCAUGUAGAUGUUCAGCUGGUUGGUUUCAAUGUGCACCAGUCAUUGACUAAGGUUCGGCUAGACUGCUAUUCAUACCAAGGUUUCCAGUCUCAACAUGAAUCUUAUUAUACUACUUAAAUUUGAUAGAAGAAGAAAACGUAGUACAGUCGAUUAUUGAUAAGCGCACAUUGAAUAUGUACAAACUCUGUUUACAUGCAGUGCAGUUUAUCAGUUCAAAUUCAAAUACACUUUUCACUUCUGCAUGCUCAGAUUUAGUAUACACAUUUAGAAUACUCCCAAGCCAUUGCAUUUAUCAGGACUCCACUGCAUCUAGAUGCCUUGUAAGAUGGCAUUUGUCAUAAAGGGAGAAAUUAUCAAGACGCAUAUACACUAGCUUAUUUUAAUUUUAUUUUUUUAAUCUUUAUUUAACCAGGCAAGUCAGUUCAGAACACAUUCUUAUUUUCAAUGACGGCCUGGGAACAGUGGGUUAACUGCCUGUUCAGGGGCAGAACGACAGAUUUGUACCUUGUCAGCUCGGGGGUUUGAACUCGCAACCUUCCGGUUACUAGUCCAACGCUCUAACCACUAGGCUACGCUGCCGCCCCUUAUUGCAAUUUAAAUUAUUUUUGUUAUAGUGAUAUCUGUACGAAAUUGUUGAACAAUGCUCUAAAUGUUAUUUCUUUGUCAAUAUUUGCAUCACACUUUCAGAGUAUCUGUAUUAUUCCAUAGGUUUUUGUCAAAAGUGGGAUCCAAAAGGCCAUAGUGUAUUGAGGAUGAUGGCAUGGCUGUUGAAUGAAUGGUGAAUUACAAAAUGUAGACCAGAAUUUUUAUGUCUAAACUGCUCUAGGUUAUAUUGCUCUGUUAAAAUGUCACAUUGAAUAACUCUUGAGCUUAUGAGUUUAUAAGGCUAUGGUUUUAUUUAGAACUCACAUUGAAACAAUGGCCUCUGCACUCUGCAAACAUCAAAGCAUUUAUUUAUUGUUCUAUAUUUUCAUCAUGCAAUUUCGAUUGGGACACAAACUGUUUACAGUGUUUGUGCUCCUCCUUGCCAAAAAUGUGAAGUCUUAAUUCAUUAAUCAUUUCAUUCAUUGUGUGGAUUGCUUAAUGUAGAGUUCAGUUCUGUGGCACAUGAAAACUGAGUUUGAAGAUUGUUCAGAGCCAGAGCUAUUUGAUGUGAGGCAAUAAAUAGGAUUUUGAGGGAAUAAACUAUGUGUUUUGGAUUAUGAA